AUGUCCCCUCCCCCCCUCUGCCACGGAGAUCCCCACGUGCAAGGAACGGCUUCUGGAAGGCUGAUUGCCAGCCACGUGGAGUUGAGUUUCUGGGGUGGCGUUGACCCCCAAACAGGCCAGGUUAUUGACCAACACCACCCCUUGAGUGGCCAUUCUCUGGAAGGUUGCAUCCUCGCCAUUCCAGGUGGCCGCGGCUCCUGUUCGGGCAGCGGGGUGAUGCUCGAACUCCUGCUCAACAACCGCGGGCCCAAGGCGAUACUGUUCGAGCGCCGGGAGGAAAUCCUCACCCUGGGGGUAAUGGUCGCGGAGGAGAUGUUCGACAGGGCAAUUCCAGUGAUAACAUUGAGCUCAGACGACUUUCGGAGGGUGCUGAAACUUCAUGACACUUACAUCACGGUCAGUGAUGGACCGUCGGUGCUGACCACAAAGAUACAACUGUCCGAUGUGGAUAGAGCACUGAUUCAGGGCGAGUACGGAGAAGCCGCUCGCGUGGCCAUGCAGAUUGUCCUGCGAAUGUCCGAGUUAUUAGAGGUUCGCGAACUGAUCCCGGUCACCCAGGUUCAUGUCGAUGGCUGUAUCUAUACCGGGCCAGGAUCUCUCCUGUUUGCAGAGAAAUUGCGCGACUUGGGCGGCCAUGUUCUUGUUCCGACUACCUUAAAUUCUAUCUCGGUCGACCAGAAGCGAUGGCGCGCCCAAGGCGUAGAUGUGGCUUUUGGGGAAGCGGCCGACCGGCUGGCGAAAGCAUAUAUGGACAUGGGUGCGCGGCCAACUUUCACAUGUAGCCCCUACCAGCUGGAUAGCGCCCCUAAACUCGGAGAUCAAGUCGCUUGGGCGGAAUCUAAUGCUGUGGUGUAUGCCAACAGUGUACUUGGGGCGCGUACCAUGAAGUAUCCGGAUUUUCUCGACAUCGCCAUUGCUCUCACGGGCCGCGCCCCGAAAGGAGGACCGCAUGUUGAUACCAAUCGCCGAGCAUCACUAAUUAUUCGGUUGCACGAUGUUGAACGCUUGCAUGACCUCGAUGACUCCUUUUACCCCGUUCUUGGCUAUCAUGUAGGGACGCUGGCAACCACUCAGAUCCCGGUGAUCGUGGGCCUCGAAUCGCUCGCCCCAAACCGGGAUGACCUCAAGGCUUUUGGGGCAGCAUUUGCAACCGUCUCAAGUGCUCCGAUGUUUCACAUGGUGGGCAUCACACCGGAAGCAGAGACCAUAGAAGCCGCCAUCCGCCCCGGAACCUACCCAGCUUGUGUGGAUGUGCAGAUUGAGGACCUCAUUCCCUGUUGGGACACACUGAACACUGCAUCAGAGUGCCAAACCGUGGAUCUCAUUUCCCUUGGGAACCCGCACUUUUCACUGAGGGAAAUUCGACGACUGGCUACUCUAUGUCAAGGGCAUACAAAAUGCGAGGGGGUGGCGGUGAUGGUAACCUGUAGUCGUGCGACAUACAGCUUGGCUGGUCAAGCCGGGCUUAUUCAGGAACUGGAGAGGUUUGGUGUCCGAUUCAUCACUGACACCUGCUGGUGCAUGAUUACAGAACCCAUCAUCCCACGUUCUCCGAAUGCCAUCAUGACGAACUCUGGGAAAUAUGCCCAUUAUGGCCCUGGACUGACGGGGCGGAAAUUUUACCUGGGCAGCCUGGCCCGGUGCGUUGACACGGCCUGCCAAGGGCGGCCAGUUGACCAUCACCCAUCUUGGAUGGUGGAGAAGAUGUGA